AUGGAGAAAGUAGAAGAGAAAGUCGAAGCCCUCGUGGACCGUGCUCGGCAUUUGGCCCUGCAUGAGCCACCCAAAGAGACGUACACUCUUGACAGAUUCCACUCGACUGUCGAUGAUCACAUUCAGAAGAUAUACAAGUCUCUUCAAAGAGACGCGCCGACAACGAACUACUUUGUCAGGGAGAUUCAACAUGAUCCUUCUGCGCCAGUUCCUACUGAGGCAGCUGCUGACCAUCUAGCCUCUGUUGAUGCCUUUCGGGAAUACAUGAGGAACGAAACUUCCUGUGCUAUGGGACCAGAGGAAGGAUUGGAUAUUUCAGCCCCUCUGUCGGACUACUUCAUCUCGUCUAGUCACAACACGUACUUGACUGGUAAUCAGUUGUACAGUGAUGCCGCUGCUAGUGCUUAUACAUCUGUCCUUCUACGUGGCUGCAGAUCUGUCGAGAUCGAUGUCUGGGACGGAGAGUUGUCAACCCCAGACUCAAGCGAUGGCGAGAUAAGCAGUGACAGCGACAACAGCAGUGACAGCGACAACAGCAGUGACAGCGACAACAGCAGCGACUCUGAAGAUAAAGGCCAAUCCUUCGGAAGCAAACUGCGCGGAAAAGUCAGCUCAAAGUCUGAUAACCAAGAAAAGCCCACGAAAGAACCCAAGCAAUCGAUUUCUUCGAAAUUGGAGUCAAAACUCAACGGGGUGCUGCGCCGCAAAUCUGUCAAGUCGCCGCAAGCACAGGUGAGCGAGGAGACCGCUACAAGUCAGCUUCCGGUUCGAGGUGAACCUCGUGUGUUACAUGGCCACACUCUCACCAAGGGAGCAACUUUCCGCGAUAUCUGCUAUGCUAUCCGUGAUGGUGCUUUCGUUGCUAGUGAGCUUCCGGUGGUAAUUAGCCUCGAGGUACAUGCCUGUCUGGAGCAGCAGCAGAUGAUGGUUGAUAUCAUGCAGGAGGCAUGGAAGGGGAUGCUCGUUGAAGCACCUCAAGGGGAGGAGAGACUACCGUCGCUCGCUGAUCUCAGACGGAAGAUCCUGAUCAAGACCAAGGGAAUCCCGCUUAAUGGCGAAGAGCCGAAGAAUGAAUCGGAAGAGAAUCUUACUCCGCAAAAGUCGGAGGGCACCUCUGCGUCGCCGCAGCCGAAGCCAUCGAAGCCGUUGAAGAUAUUCGAGGGUCUUGCUAAGAUGGCUGUCUAUACUCGCGCGUAUCAUUUCAGUCAUUUCGAUCAACCGGAGGCCAAAGUACCCGUGCAUGUAUUCUCCCUGUCUGAAAAGGCAGCCCGAGAAGCCCACGUCACCCAUCGCGAUGCCUUAUUCGAACACAACCGAGCAGCAAUGAUGCGUAUCUACCCAUACGCAUUCCGACUGGUGGCACUUAACUGGCAGAAUCUCGACAAGGGCAUGAUGCUGAACCACGGCAUGUUUGUGGGAACCCACGGCUGGAGACUCAAACCGUCAGGCUACAGAAGCAGCGAAGCCUCGAACAAGGUAAUUCCCCGCCACGACGUCACCCUCUCGAUCGAGGUAUACGCAGCACAAGACCUCUCCCUGCCUCAGGGCGACAGCAGCGAAAAGGGAUUCAAGCCCUACGUGAUCUGCCAAUUCCACGUUGAAGAACCACAAGGUGAUGUCGCCCCGGACGCAGACGACGCCAGCUCCGACACAGAGAAGAGCAGCUAUAAGCGCUGCACGAAGAGCUCCUCAGGAAUCAACCCAGACUUUGACGGACAGAAAUUGGACUUCCCGACCGUGACGGGGAUAGUCGAGGAAUUGAGCUUCCUACGGUUCAAGAUCAAGGACGAUGAGAUCGGUCGGGAUCCGUUGGCUGCGUGGGCUUGCAUCCGGCUUGACCGGUUGCGGGAGGGGUAUCGGCUUGUCCAUCUUCAUGAUUGCUCGGGCGAGAAGAAGGGGGGUGUAUUGUUGGUAAAGAUCUCCAAGGUUAUUUCUUAG